AUGGAUGAUGCCUCUCGGGAUUCGGGUAAUGCUGCUGCUAGAAUCGGUGGUAAUGAUGGUGAUGACCGGAGUGGUGGAGGCAGGAGAGGGUUUACUAUGAGAAUAGGAGGUGGAGGCCGAGGAGCUUCCAACCCAUACUAUUGUCAUGAGUGCCGUAAGAGCAUACCUAGAUUGACUGACGACAACAAGUGCCCUGAGUGCAAUGGAGGCUUCGUAGAGGCCGCUAGGAUCCCGGCUGAUGACUUGAUACAUACCCUGAUGAUGCUAGCAGGAGCGGAGCGCUCACAGACGGAAGAAAGUUCCAAUGCGAUGAACAGACGUCAGCAGGAUGAGGCCAAUCCAUGCACAUGCAAAGCGUUCAUAGAGCGCCUGCCAGUGGCUCCCAAGCGAGUGAAGACGGAGAUGAAGGCUGAUGAUUUGAUAGAGUCUUCAGUUGCGGAGUGCAGUAUAUGUACUAUGGAGUUCGAGAAGGAGGAUGCUGAAGAUUCUAACUGUACUAGUCUACCCUGUGAGCACUUUUUCCAUAGGGACUGUUUGGUACCUUGGUUGGAAAAGAGCGACUCCUGUCCAGUACAAGUUACCGACGACUCGGUGAAGUAUCUGAGAGAGAUAGGAGAGGAUGCUGAGGCUGAUAAAUUGAGGCCGAGCGUCGGCGACUGA